AUGGUGGACACACAGAGAGUUGCGUGGUCCAUGAUGAAUUUUGGGCUGGGCACGUUGGACCUGGCAGAGAUGGACAACAGGAUGAAUAGUUUUGACAUGAAGACCCUAUCGACGCUGGACUACCCUUAUCUCCCCUCUCUCGAGUACAGCUACAGCAGUCCCCAUCACCACAGCCCAGACAGAAGUCACUCAUUCAACCACAGCUUAGACAGAAGUCACUCAUUCAACCACAGCCCAGACAGAAGCCACUCAGACAACUACACCUACAGCGAGUAUCAAUGUAAGUCGAAGUCUGUCAUUUACGAAAACUAAGAGUGUAAUAACUUAAUGAUCUAUCCACAUCAAUUUCAUCUUGUGUUAAAGCAAUUGCCACACAUUUUGAAUGGCACUCUUUUCUUUUGCCUGUGAUAUUAUGUAUGUUGUUUAGGUUUGGUAAAAGAUGAGCCCAUGUCGCCUCAGUCUAGCGACUGUAGCAUUGUCGGCCUGUCCAGACCCCCUCCUCACUCCAAGCCCCCUACUUACACAGACGCCAGCUCUCUGCUCAACAUUGACUGUAGAGUGUGUGGGGACAAGGCUUCAGGCUUCCACUAUGGCGUCCAUGCCUGUGAGGGCUGCAAGGUAGGACUGAGACCUAGCUACUUUGGUUCUGGUGGCUUGUCAAUAUGUAUUUGUAUUGUGUAUGCUUGGAGCUAUAGAAAUGUAUUGCUAUGUAACCUCCAGGGGUCAUAUUAGUAAGGAUUUAACCCCUGAAACAUAAACACGCACCCUGACCCUUGGAUUAAUGUCAAGCUCACGGUUUACACUGUUACAUUUCUUUCAAUUUUUUCCUGAAAAAUAAAUAUAGCCGACUGCUGCUGUAAGAUUCUACAAUCAACAUGUUCUCUGCCUUUCUCUUAGGGAUUCUUCCGCAGAACUGUGCGGUUAAAACUGGUGUAUGACCACUGUAAUCUGCACUGUCGGAUUCACAAAAAGAGCCGGAAUAAGUGCCAGUACUGUCGCUUUCAAAAAUGUCUGCUAGUGGGCAUGUCACACGAUGGUAAGCCACCACAUUGUUGGGUAAAAUAGAUUUGUCUACAAAGAUUUGUAAGAUUCAUGCUUUGUCAUACAUGAUAACGCCAAAGCUGCGCGUUAUGUAAGGGUUUUUGGCUACUCCAAUUCAUUUUGCCUAAAGCUCAUACAUUUUUUUGUUUGUCUUGCACUAAAUUUGGAAGGGAUAGAUAGCAACCAUAAGCCCAUUCCGUCUGCUUUAGCUGGUCACAUGAUGUGUUUGAACAUUGCAUUUGAUCUACUUUUAAAUAUAGCCUACUUAUGUUGGGCAAAUCAGGUAAAAAUGCAAUUUCAUACUGUUUGUAUGUCAGUGGUACGCAGUCAGUCCACUAUCUCAGCGACAGCUUGCUAUUGGUGAUUUAUAGGUUAGUUUGUAUAACAGUGGUCUUUGUACUCUUUUAGUACCUGUGAUGGGACAACUGCUGGCAGCCACACGAAAGCUCUCAGGAGAUGUUGUCAUGUCGUUCAGACAUUUCUUGUUUAAAAAAAAAUAAUAUUUGUGUAUUUGUAUUGUGUUUGCUAGACAUUCUACUGCACUGUUGGAGAUGCUAACACAAGCAUUUCGCUGCACCUGCUAUAACACCUGCAAAUCUGAGUACACGGCCAAUAAACGUAGAUUUGAUUUGUCAUCAGUUGACAUUGCUCAGUUACGCAAUAUGUGCACGCAACUUUGUCUCAGGUCAUCCAUAUAAUGGUGAGGAAUUAUCCCAUUUUUGUUCAGGUCAAUAUUUGUAUGUAAUCAAUGAUUAAUUAAGACAGAUAUUGUGGCUAUGACAUAAAAUGCUUAGUCAGAUGGGCUGGACUCCAAAUGGAGACCAUGAGAACUAUUGUAAACGUUGAUAAGCCCUUCUGCAACAGUAUUUGUUAUACAACCACAAUAUGAGUAACACCCACUCACAGGGCACUCUCUGAAACAAAGGGGUGACAGGGUUUGUUGUCCUAUUUGAUAACACUUAUUUAAUGUCGGGUGUUACACAAAAUCAAUAUGAACUGUUUCAAUAGUCGUUGUCUGAAAAGGGCCUUUAGACUUUGGAAAGGUUUCUACACAGUGGGAUGAAGUAUAUUCCUUCUUUAGCCAACCUAUUUGUCAUUGUCUUGUUUGGGCAGGCAGUGUUGUUAGCAUUGUUCAAGACAGAAAGAGUCUGACUGGCACCCAGGCUAAACUGUAAACCUCCCUGAUGUCCUCAUGCAGCUAUCCGCUUCGGCCGGAUGCCCCAGGUGGAGAGAGAGAAGCUGCAGGCUAAGUUGAUGAAUGUAGACCCCAGGAACCCAGAGUCAGCGGACCUGAGAGCCCUGUCCAGACAGCUGUGUCUGUCCUACCACAGACACUUUCCCCUGACCAAGAGCAAGGCCAGGGCCAUCCUCUCUGGAAAGACCCACGGAAACUCAGUAAGGGCCCAAUUGUUACUUGAGAUACUGUACAUGCACACACAGUGUUACAUGAAUUAUGCGUUGAUGUCAAUGGGACAUUUGGGAGAUCAAUCAGAACAGACCCAUUGAAAGCCACUUCACCUCUCUCUCUCUCUCCUCUCUCUCUCCUCUCUCUCGCUCUCUCUCUCUCUGUCUCUCUCACACACACACUCAAACACACACGCUCAAACACACACACCAGACAUUUGGUUCUAUUUAUUUGAAUAUCACAGUUUUUGGUAGAUCCACUCUGUCCUGAUUUACUGGUAGCAAAAUAUCAAAGUACUGUAGGAAGCAGUAAUAUUGGGUCAUGUCAGUUUGUCUAAGAGGAAAUAACUAAUAGACAGUUAUUAAUAACAUAAAAGUCACCAUUUUAAUUUCCCUCUUAUUUCCUAGUUAGAUGAAUAACCCCUUGUGCACCAAGCAAGGUGCCUAAUACUAAAUCACUACUAAGUGCCAAGAGAAUGAAUCACAAUGGAUGGAAAUGCUUCUUCACAUAGUUAAUUACCUAUGGGAUGUCUCUCUUUUCUUCUAGCUGUUUGUCAUCCACGACAUGAAGUCUCUGACGGUGGGUCAGUACUUUAUAAACUGUAGACAGCUCCCAGUACUGGAGCACCAGGGGUCCGUCCUGCCCCCUGAGGAGCCUGCUGGAGAGCUGGAGCUCUCCUUCUUCCGCCGCAUCCAGUUCCGUUCCGCCGAGGCCGUACAAGAGGUCACAGAGUUCGCCAAGAGCAUCCCUGGGUUCACAGAGCUGGACAUGAACGACCAGGUGAUCCUGCUGAAGUACGGGGUCAUCGAGGUCAUGACGACUAUGCUGGCGCCGCUCAUGAACAAGGACGGCACACUGUUUGCCUAUGGACAAAUCUUCAUGACCCGGGAGUUCCUCAAAAGCCUGAGGAUGCCCUUCUGUGAGAUGAUGGAGCCCAAGUUUGAGUUUGCGGUAAAGUUUAACGUGCUGGAGCUGGACGAUAGUGAUAUGGCGCUUUUCUUCGCUGUCAUCAUCCUCAGUGGAGGUGAUUGUUUUUCAGUUAUACAUUUAUGUGUUUAUAUUAGAUGCCAACUGCAAUAUUAGCUUUUUUAUUGUGCAGAGAUGGCUUGAUUGGACUUGAGACCAGAUAUAAAGUAAUGGUGUCCUCUUUUGUGCUGUAUCGUUUCAAUUGACCUUGGACUUUGCUCAUCAGGUCAUUGUAACUUCAGAUCAUUUGCUGUAUACUGUAUGUCCAAUCCUCCUCUAUUUCCCUCCCUCUCUUCUCCCACUCUCCACUCUCUACUCUAGACCGUCCAGGCCUGGUGAACGUGAAGCCCAUUGAGGACCUCCAGGACACAGUGCUGCAGGCCCUGGAGCUGCAGCUGAAGACCAUCCACCCAGACUGCCCCCAGCUGUUUGCCAAGCUACUGCAGAAGAUGACCGACCUGCGGCAGCUGGUGGCCAACCAAGUUCGCCUCAUCCACCUGCUCAAGAAGCAGGAGCUGGAAAUGUGUCUGCACCCCCUACUGCAGGAGAUCAUGAGAGACCUGUACUAA